GGCGGCUGACAGACUGAGCGGGGUGCUGGGGCACUGGCCACAGCUCACACCCUGAGUGCCCGUGCUCCGACCUCUCUCUGGGCUCAAGGAAAAACCCCUCCAUCUCAGGAUGAACCCUCCUUCGGCGCCAAGAGUCCCACUGGACCCCGCCCACGAGCCUGGCUGCGUAGCCACCCCAGUGUCACCCAGCAGCUGGGACGGCUCCCGGGGCAGCACCUCCAGCCUGGACCCACCGCUGCCCGUCAGUCCCACGGCAGCCGGGGCUCAGGCUGCCGCCUGGGUCUCCUUCCCUACAGUUGAUGUCCCGGACCACGCCCACUACGCCCUGGGCACGGUGAUCCUGCUGGUGGGCCUCACGGGGAUGCUGGGCAACCUGACCGUCAUCUACACCUUCUGCAGAAGCAGAGGACUGAGAACACCCGCCAACAUGUUCAUCAUCAACCUUGCGAUCAGCGACUUCCUCAUGACCUUCACCCAGGCGCCCGUGGUCUUCGCCAGCAGCCUCUACAAGCGGUGGCUCUUUGGGGAGGCAGGCUGUGAGUUCUAUGCCUUCUGUGGGGCUCUCUUUGGCAUCACCUCCAUGAUCACCCUGACGGCCAUCGCCCUGGACCGAUACCUGGUGAUCACGCGCCCACUGACCGCCAUUGGGGUGGUGUCCAAGAGGCGGGCGGCGCUGGUCCUGCUGGGUGUCUGGCUCUACGCCCUGGCCUGGAGCCUUCCACCCUUCUUUGGCUGGAGUGCCUACGUGCCGGAGGGGCUGCUGACCUCCUGCUCCUGGGACUACAUGAGCUUCACGCCAUCGGUCCGCGCCUACACCAUGCUGCUCUUCUGCUUCGUGUUCUUCCUCCCCCUGCUCGUCAUCAUCUACUGCUACGUCUUCAUCUUCAGGGCCAUUCGGGAGACCGGCCAGGCCCUGCAGACCUUCGGAGCCGGCGAGGGCCGCAGUGGACUGCCCCGGCAGCAGCGGCUGCAGACCGAGUGGAAAAUGGCCAAGAUCGUGCUGCUGGUCAUCCUCCUGUUCGUGCUGUCCUGGGCCCCCUACUCCACCGUGGCCCUGAUGGCCUUCGCUGGGUACGCGCACGUCCUGACGCCCUACAUGAACUCAGUGCCAGCUGUCAUCGCCAAGGCCUCUGCCAUCCACAACCCCAUCAUUUACGCCAUCACCCACCCCAAGUACAGAAUGGCCAUAGCCCAGCACCUGCCCUGCCUGAGCGUGCUGCUGGGCAUCUCGAGGCAGCGCUCCGGCCCGUACCCCAGCUACCAGUCCACCCUGGGCAGCCAGGCCGCGGACCUCAGCUGGGUUUCCCGGCGGCGGCAGGCGUCCCUGGGCUCGGAAAGCGAGAUGGGCUGGACAGACACGGAGGCGUCCGCGACGUGGGGCGCUGCCCGGCGAGGCAGCGGCCGGACGCCCCGCAGUCAGGGCCUGGGAGACGUGGAAGCCGCUGCCCCUCCUGAGCCCCAGGGGUGCGGAGCCGAGGACCCCAGGAAGACCAAGGGGCUGCUCCCCAGCCUGGACCUCAGGCUGUAGGGUGCCCUCAGCUCUCCCCAUCUUCCGGAACACGCCAGCCCCCUUGCGACCCCGCACGUACACAGACCCAGGAUCACCCGAGCCCGCGGGCCUUGGAAGUGGCCCGGCGCCCGUGGUGUGUGGACCCUAAGACACGAAGCUCCCGGCAUGCAAAGCGGCCCUGCACCCCGGCUCGGCCUGAAGCGUGGAG